UGCCGCAGUCGCAUUGUGGUCGUGUCCAUGUCUGCGGUGCCAGCGAACCCAGAUGCGAAGCUGAACGACUUCUUCGCGAAGAAGAAGAAGAAGAAGGCGACGGCAGCUGCCACCCCCGCCGCGUCGAUCCCUGUUGCCGUCCCCAAAGCAGCAGUUGCUGCGCCACAGAUUGUGAGUCCGACAACGAAAGGCCCGGCGAUCCAGACCAAAGGCAAAGCAAUCGCGGAACUCAAAACGGCCGCAGCCGACGAGGGGGCCGACGGUGACGAAAACGACGGCGAAGGUGGGGGAGGAACAUCCUUCCAGUGGUCGAAGAAACCCAAGAAGAAGUCGUCCCAACCUGAAGCAGACAAACGAAUUGCGAUUCACAGCGAACGCGCUUUCCCGUCCUUGGGCAAUGCCGCUGGAGGUGCCGCCGCGGUCGCCGCCGCCAUGUCCGGCAAGGUCAAGCCCCCCGCAGAUGUGCGGAGCCAGAACGUGUGGUCGAGCAUCGACGACAGUGACGACGACGACAAGUAGGGUGCGUACCUCCACGUCAAGAAACGUCAUGUUCAUCGGAUGGCGUUUCAUGGAGUCUCCAUUAAGUUCGUGGGCGAUCCUAAGAGGGUCCUUUACCCAACAUGUCAUUUGCGCAGGCGCUUCAAACGGUAUGGAUUGGUGUAAACUCUUGUAUUUUUAUCUUUUUAUCCAAUGAACGUAAUCUCAUUGCAUGUCAUGCCA